AUGAAGUGGAGCGUCCGCGGGGCCUGCGCCGCGCUUUCCUCCAGCCUGCUGCUCGCCUGCGCGCUCAGCGCCGCCGCCGUCGGCCUCAAGUGCUUCUCGCUGGGCUCUGAGCUGCGCGGGGAGCCGUUCCGGCUAGGGGCGGCCGCCGGCGCCUUUUACUCCGGGUUGCUGUUGGCCGCCGGCCUCUCACUGCUCGGCGCCGCCCUGCUGUGCUGCGGGCCCCGGGAGGCGCCCCUCGCCGGGUCAGGGGCCGGGCCGGGCUCGGGACUUGGGGUCCCCGCAUCUCCAACGGGAGCUCCGGAGCCCUCUCCUGGAGAGACGCGGGCGGCUGCCGGGCCCUUGGGGCGGGUGAAUAGCCAGAACCUGCUGCUCCUAGGCGUCCUGGUCUUCAUGCUCGGGGUCCUCAGCGCCUUUGCAGGAGCAGUGAUCGACGGCGACACAGUGUCCCUGGUGGAACGCAAGUACUCCCACUAUUGCCUGCCCCCGCGCACGCCGGCCGCUGUCCCUGGCCCGGCUCCCGGCCCUGUAGCCCCGGGCUCCAGCACGCCGCGCGCCCGCAGCACCCUGGACAGCGCCACGUCCGCCAAAUGCCGCCAGCUGAAGGACUACCAGCGCGGCCUGGUGCUCUCCACUGUAUUCAACUCGCUCGAGUGCCUACUGGGCCUGCUCAGCCUUCUGCUGGUCAAGAACUACAAGUCGUCACAGGCCAGGCGCGGCCGGCGCGGCCGACGGAGGACAAGCCGGUCUUUGGCGCGGCCGCGGGGCGGACCCGGGCUCCGCGCUCAGUCUCUAGCCUCCCGGACCCGGCGUGGCCGCCGGGGCAAAAGGGGGCGGCGGCUGCAGCCACGGCCCAGCGAGGCCUCCAUCCUAUCCCCGGAGGAGUCCGACUUCACCACCCCAGGAGACUGCGCGAGCUUUGCGGCGCACCACGCUGUGUCCUACAUCAACGUGGGCGUCUUCCAUGCGUUUGAUGAGGCGGGCGUGGAGGUGUGCUGUGGCGGGCAUCCGUCGGUAGAGCUGCCAGGGUACGCGCCCUCGGACCCCGACCUCAACGCCUCCUACCCCUAUUGCUGUCGGCCGCCCGGUGAGAUGGCGCGCCCUUGGGAGCCUAGCCGGGCCUGCUGA